AUGCGGGUGUUGUUUUGGAAUAUCAAUGGAGUUGCACGUGAUGUAGCUCAAGAUAAACUAAAGGAGUUGAUUAGAGAGUUUAAACCAGAUAUUUUUGGUAUUGCUGAACCAAAAGUUCCCUGUUCUGCUGGGUUCAGAUAUGGUUUGCUAAGAGAAGGUUAUUCUUCUCAUGUUAUUAAUAAUGCUUCUUCUUCUAGUAUUGCUAAUAUUUGGGUUUGUUAUUCAAAUACUCUAAAUCUUUCAAUUGUUAAUGUCAGUAAGCAGGCAAUAACAGUUGAGGUGGAUGGUGUACAUGUUUCUUUUGUCCAUGCUAGCUAUAUUCAGGUUACUAGGAGGAGUCUUUGGCAGCAACUUGUUAGUUCUGGUGAUGGUAUUCCUUGGUUAUUCAUUGGGGAUUUUAACUGUAUUCUUCGUUUGGAUGAGAAGAAGGGUGGUCUUGAACCUAGAACCUCAGCUAUUAAUGAGUUUUCAGAUUGGUUGGAUGACAACAAUCUCUUUGAAGCUGAUGCUUUGGGAAGUAAGUUCACUUGGACGAAUAGACAAUCAGGUAUGACUAGAAUUGUUAAUAAACUUGAUCGUGCUAUUAUUAAUGCGGCUUGGCUUGAAAAAUUUGAGAAUUGGCGGUGUAAAGCUCUUCCUAGGGAAGUUUAUGACCAUUCUACUCUUUUAGGUUUUCCUUUUGGUGUUCCAAGACCCAAAAGAGCUCCUUUUCGAGUUCAAAAGAUGUGGUUCUUACAUUGUGAUUACCUUCGUAUGGUUAGAGAUAGUUGGAGUAUGCCUAUUUCUGGGUCUUUUGAUUUUAUUUUCACUCAAAAAUUAAAGAGACUAAAAGGAGUUAUCAAGGAACGGAAUCUUAGUGUUUUUGGUAAUGUGCAUUCUAAGUUAAAGCAGGAUCAGUUGAGGUUUGAGGCAGUUACUCUUCUUUCUGAUGAAAACCCGGAUGACAUUACAAAGUUAAAUAUUAUGAAGGAUGCUAUGGCUAAACUUAAUGAUACUCGUGCUCAGUUGAAUACUAUGCUUAAGCAGAAAUCUAGAAAUAAGUGGCUUGUGGAGGGUUCAAGUAACACUAAUUUCUUUCAUAAUAGCAUUAGAAUUCGUAGAAGUUCUAACACUAUCUCUGAACUUGUUGACAGUGCAGGCAAUACUAUUUCUGAUUAUGAGCUGCUUAGAAAUCAUGUUGUGCACUAUUAUGAGGAUAAGUUUAAUGGGCCGGAGUUGGAGAUUGAUCCUAUUUUAUUUGACUAUAGUCAUAUUAGCAUCUCGGAGGAGGAAAGUUUAGCCAUGGACAGAAUUCCAUCUUCUGAGGAGAUUAAACAAGCAUUGUUUGAUCUAGGGGCAGACAGUGCUCCAGGGCCGGAUGGGUUUUCUGUAUGUUUCUAUAGACACUGCUGGGAUAUUAUUCAAGAUGACUUAUUAAGAGACGUUAUUUAUUGCUGGAAUUCUGGUCAUAUCCCAAAUGGGGUAAAUUCUAGCCUAAUUGUCUUGAUUCCCAAGGUAAGAGUUGCUAAUUCUCUUCGUAAUUUUCGUCCUAUUGGUCUCAGUAAUUUUUUCUUCAAAAUCUUUACUAAGAUCUUAGCUACUAGACUGGGGAGGUUUUUCGUAGGUAUGGUUUCUCGGAGCAUUGGUGCACUUGGAUUUCUCAUAUCUUCAAUUCUGCUAGAAUCUCUAUUCUCUUGA